CAUCGACCUCACACUAGAUGAGCUGGCACAUAUAAGUAGUGCUGGUAAGAACUAUGUAUCCGGCUGACACGCUGUAGCUUUCGACGUUGGAUAGUCCUCUUCUUUUGUUUCAGAAAUGUCAACUCUCAGACCACUAAUCACGAUUUGUGGGACUACUGGCGUCGGAAAGUCCAAACUGGCCAUCGAGCUAGCUCUGAAGCUUGCUCAAGGAACACAUGCGUGGAGAGGCGCGAGGAUCAUAAACGCGGACUCCAUGCAAGUCUAUACUGGGAUGGACGUGAUAACAAACAAAGUCCCUGUCACAGAAAGAAUGGGGGUCGAGCACCUUCUCAUGGACUUCAAGCAGCCUGGCGAGCAGUACGUAGUGGGUCAAUGGGUCCAAGACGCUAUCAAGGCGAUUGACGAGACGCAUCGUAUGGAUAAGGUUCCGAUCAUUGUUGGCGGUACAUCCUAUUGGAUCCAACAUCUCAUAUUUCCGAAUCGGUUGCCCAUUCCAGCGCAAUCUUUGUCCGAUUCCGUUGCACAGUCCAUUGCCAAUCUACCUCCCGACCUCCUUGAACUAUUCAAUGCACUUCCAGAGCAUCCUCCAUCUGCAGCAUCUCAUCCUCAUGAUGCAAUGUUGCUGCACAAACUUCUUACCGCGCUUGACGAACCAGUUGCGCAGCGAUGGCACUGGAAGGACACACGUAAAGUCAUGGGAAGCCUUCGUGUAAUUAAAGACACUGGACAGGCUCCGAGCGAAAUUAUCGCCGAGCAGUCCAAAACAGCAUUGCUUCCAAGGUAUCGAACUUUGUGUUUCUGGCUCUAUGCCGAGCCUUCUAUCUUGAAUGAGCGCUUGGACGCAAGGGUAGAUGAUAUGAUCAAGCAAGGGCUGUUGGAUGAAAUAAAAGAACUCCGAUCGAUCGCUUCUUCCCCCACAUGUAGUUCGCCUGAUGCAGUCGUCACAGCGCUGUCCGACGAAUCAGAUAUGCAGCAAACUGAUUAUACUAUUGGUAUCUAUCAGUCUAUCGGAUACAAAGAGUUUCAUGAUUAUCUUGUUUCUCCUGAGCCCUCCGAGAAGCUUUUUGCGUCCGCUGUGGAGCAAAUGAAGAACGGAACAAGACAAUAUGCGAAGCGUCAGAUACGGUGGCUAAGGAACAAGCUUCUUCCUGCUAUCUAUAGCACAAAUAGCGGCGGGGGUCAUGCAUCAGCCCUCCUCCCAGUUUACCUUUUGGAUGCCACUGAACUCGGCGACCAGUGGACAUCUCAUGUUCUCAACCAAGGUGUACGUAUCAUGGAAGCUUUCCUUGGCAACGAGACACUGUCUGAUCCUUUAUCAUUGUCCGAAAGGGCACGGGAGAUGCUAACUAUCGAUGUCAAACCUACGAAUCCAACAGAAGUAUUGCGGGCUCGCAAGAAGAUUGUAUGCACUGUGUGUACCCUUGAUCCUGCGCAGCCCUUUAUGGUCGAAGAUGGCUCUCAGUGGGAAGCCCAUCGACACUCCCGUACUCAUAGAAGACAUGCCUCAAGAGAUAUCAAAAUGCAUGGACAGCCGGUCAACCGCCGCACUACCGUCCAUAGCGGCAUUCCCAGCAAGGUUGACGAUCAGGAAGAUCAACAUCGUUCAAUCGUAUGAACGAGGUCUACUUCCUGCGCGCAGUUCGUCAUUUCUUCUGGUACCCAUUCGUCGAUCAGCGUCGUCGCUUUGAAUAUCAGCUUUUGGAGCACAUUUCAUUUCAAGCAGUUAUGCUCCCGGUGGUUCCUGUUUGCUUAUUUGUCUCACGCAAUGACCUUUGGAGGAGGCGGGCUACUUUCCUCCUGCGCCAGGGACAUUAUCGAUAAGUUCGCCCGGAACGACUUGCAUCGUGUAUCCAUGAUGCACUGAUGCUGACCAUCAUUACGAGGUCAGCGGAGCAGCCUCCCUGUCUUGUUUUCCGGAAUCAUCUUCUCAUGCAGUUUUAUCUGGAAUCAUGUUGGGUACAGGAAGCCAAAGAAGCACGCCUGAAUGAGUGAACGUUGUGAAAUGAGUAGUAGUUAUAUAGACUGACAAACGUCGUACUGUAGUUUUGUGAAAAAAUUGGUUGAGUGCGACGUUGAUGUCGUCGUCCCAC